AACAUGCUCAAAGCUGACAGUGAGGUAGACAAGACGGGCAAAAAAGAGUUCCUUCCUCCUGAUGAAGGCAUCAGCACGGAGCUCCGAGUGAAGGAGCACAUGCUGGUGGACAACGUAUUUGAUGAGCAGCUUGUCCUUUCUCUGGAUGAUGACGACGAUGAAGACGAGUACACAUCCUCAUUAUCUGUAAAUGGGCAUCCCAUGCAGAGCCAGUUCAGGCAGCAUGCUGCAGACCCUCUGCUCUCCAUGAUGAACAGCAGCGAUCGGAUCAUCACACACUCACAGGAUGAAGAUGCAGACCUUCAGUACAGCGUCAGCGGAGUGACGAGGGGCAGCACGGGGACGGACAGCGGGUUGUGGGACACGGUGGACUCGGAUGAUUUCCUUGCAGCCACUGACUCUCCUCCGCCCUAUUCAGAAGAAUUCUUCCUUCCCUCUCUCCCCUGCUCUCCCCCACUCUCCCUCGCUGACCAGGCCCUCGCAAGGCUAAAAAGUCCCACCUCCUCUGAGUCGACCAAUGAGAGAGAAAAUUCCCCAAUGGAAACCUGCGACCUCAGUCCCAGCCUGGUGGCUCUGGAGCUGGACAGUGAAGAGGACAGCACUGAGCCAAAGUCUCCACUCUCCCCGCUCUUGUCAGAUGUUCAGAAGAGUGAAGAGAAAAGUGAAGCGUCUCGCCCCACCCAUGACCUUACAUGCACUCGCAGCCAAUCUGCCUCCUCAGCAUGUGAACCCAGCACUAAGGAAUUGGUUGACCAGGGGAUUCGCCCGCGUUCGUAUUCCUACUCUUCAUCCAAAAUCAGCUUGCGUCCCGCUCGUUUUGCGCGGGACAACCACACAUCAGAUAUCAGCCCCGAUGCUGGGCUCCACAGUGUCAGCCACAGCCGAUCUCUCCUUCAGGCCCUCUCUCUGUCUAAAUCUCUGUCUCUUCUCCACCCUGGUAAGCAAAGAGCCUCCAGUAUAUCAGAGCAGUCACAUGACAAAAGGGAGAUUAGGUUCCGUAAGCGAGCGCAGUCUGCUGACGAUGAGGGCAGCAUGGAGCUGGCCGAGUCCCUCCAACAUCUCACCCUGUCUGAGUUCCUCAAAGAAAUUGAAGAGGAGGAGUUGGAUAAGUACAACAUCCCGACAAAGGUGGAAUCAGAGAAGUACAAAGUCAUUCGCACCUUCAGUUUCCUCAAGAGCCGGAUGUCUAGCACACGCAACAAGACAAAGGGGAAGGGGAAGGACAGGGAGGCCAAGGACCGGCAGCCAAAUGGACAUCGGUUCAACACAGGCUCCUGUUUGGGCCCCAACAUGUGCGUGGUGUGUGACAAACCAGCUUCUGGAAAGGACCUGCUGCAUUGCUCCAGUUGCACUGCUAUCGUCCAUAAGGGCUGUAAGGAUUCUGUCCCCCCGUGUUUAAAGAAACUUCAGGAUAAGUAUGCUGUUACCACGGUGAAGAACAAGACAGCAUCCCUCCCACAGAAUUUCACAGUGAGAGACAGUCCUCCUCUGUGUGUCCCCGUCUCUACCUCUCUACCUGUCAUGAAGGAAACUGCAGAGUCAUGCCUUCUCUCUGGGUCUUUCACAAACAGUGACAGUCGGCUCAGUGAGGGUUCAGAGACAGAGUGUGACGGCUGGAAGGCGAACAGCCAAUCAGAGGAGCUGCUGCAGACUCCAGUGUCGUCCACCUCCACUGACUCAUCCUUUGGAGAAGACUGCGUGGAUGCGUGUAUCCAUGACGACAUCUCGGCUGAUGCUGUGGAUUACGAGGCGGAGUCGUGGAGUCUUACUGUGGAGCACAAGUUCUGCAAGAAGCAGGAGAAACGAGCCGUGAAGAGGCAGGAUGUCAUCUUUGAGCUGAUGCAGACGGAGCUGCACCACCUGCAGACGCUGCACAUCAUGGCCGAGGUGUUCCGGCGAGGCAUGAGGGAGGAGGUGCAGCUGGACGCGGAGGCGCUGGACCGGGUCUUCCCCUGCCUGGAUCAGCUGCUGCUCCUCCAUCAUGCCUUCUUCUCUGCCAUGAAGGAGCGGAGACAGAGCUCCGCCCAACCCCAGGGACACAGCAACUACCUCAUCCAGAGAGUAGGGGACGUCCUGCUCCAACAGUUUUCAGAUGAGAACAGCGUGAAUAUGAAGCAGGUGUAUGGAGAAUUCUGCAGCCAUCACAACGAAGCAGUCAGCUUUUUCAAAGAGCUCCAGCAGCAUAACAAGAGAUUUCAGAACUUCAUUAAGCAACAAGGUAAUAAUUCCUUGGUGAGGCGGCGGGAGAUCCCAGAAUGCAUCUUGCUUGUCACCCAAAGAAUAACAAAGUACCCGGUGCUGCUGGAGAGGAUCCUACAAUACACUCAAGAGGGAACAGAGGAGCAUGCCGACCUCUCCAGAGCCCUGGCUCAGAUCCGAGAGGUGAUAGCAGCCGUGAACCUGAGCGUCAGUGAGUACGAGCAGCACCAGCGGCUGCAGGAGGUGUGGAACCGCACGGAGAACCGCAGCGCAGCCAAACUGAAGAACGGACACACUUUCCGCAAGCAGGACAUGAUGAAGCCCGGACAGAUGCUCAAACACCAGGGCCUGCUGCUGUGGAAGACGGCCACCGGGCGGCUGAAAGAUGUCUUGGCUCUCCUACUCACAGAUACACUGAUAUUCUUGCAAGAAAAAGACCAGAAGUAUACAUUUGCCGCAGUGGAUCAGAAGCCUCCAGUCAUCGCACUGCAGAAGUUAAUAGUGCGAGAGGUAGCAAAUGAAGAGAGAGGAAUGUUCCUGAUCAGCGCCUCAGCCGCCGGGCCGGAGAUGUACGAGGUCCACACGUCAUCCAAAGAGGAGAGAAACACCUGGAUGAGGCUCAUCAGGGAGGCUGUGGAGAGCUGUCCUGAGGAAGAAGAAGAAUACACAAGUGGAUCUGAAGAGGAGAAGCGAGCUGCCGAGGCUCGUAUUCAGAAGAUCCAUAAGUUACAAGAGAGUCUGCUGAGCCAGGACCAGCGGAUCUGCGGCAGCCUGGAGGAGAAGCUGCAGCUGUACGCAGCGCUCUCCGCUCUGCGGGGGCGGGGGGGCGCCUCGCUGCUGGACCCCCGGCUCCUCGUCCAGCCCCUCUCUGAGGAGCCUCCGCAGGCCGCCCUGCUGCUGGCUGCAGCUCUGCAAGAGGCUAAGAACCUGAAAGCCACGCUGUCCUCUAAGGCCUGCUCUCCAUCCAGCCCAAGCCCGGACUCUGACACAGACUCAGUGUUUCCUGUCAGCCCGGCAGCUCCUGCCCCCCCCCCAUCAGACUCUGAGGCCUCACCUAAGACCCCGGGGGCCGGAGAGGGGAGCUGGACCGGCGGCUUCCUGCUGCAGGCCCCAUGUGGGCUGCCAAAACCAGAUGGCAAUGACAUCGACUUCAAGGUUGCUCUAAGUGUCCAGAGCCUGACCCAGUUACUCUACAGUCUGCAGGCCGCAGUGACCAUCCAGGACAGCUGCUUCGAGGUCCAGAGGCUCCUCCUCCAGGAGACGGGGCGCCCCUCCCCCCGAGCCCAGCGAAUGCACCUUCCCAGCAUCCGGGGCAACGCCCUGCAGGAACAGGAGAAGCAGCGGAACCUGGAGAAGAGGAAAGAAGAAGUGGUGGCGGCUCGGCGGCUCCAGGACCGGCUGCGCCAGGAUAAGGAUCGCUGGGAGAGGGAGUGCCAGGCCAAGGAGAGCCAGCAGGGGGAGCAGGAGAGCAGGCUGGAGGAGCGGGAGAGGCAGUGCCACCUGGAGACGGAGAGGCAGCGCGAGAGGGGAGAGCUGGACGAGCAGCUGGAGGAGUACCAGCAGAGUCUGGAGCGGCUCAGGGAGGGCCAGAGGAGCGUGGAGAGGGAGAGGGAGCGCCUGGACCACCAGCAGACCCUGCUGCAGACCUGGAGGCACAGCCGGCAGAGCAGCCUGCCCACUGUCACCCCCCACAUGGUCAUCCCUCUGGAUGGGACGCAGGAAUCGACCCAGUCCGGAGACCUGGCCGGUAACGGCUCCGUGUUUGUGAAUGAGGCCGCCUUCACAAGCUCUGCCAUCAACAACCGCAAAGGCCGCCACAAAAGAGAUGACCCCAGCGCUCACAACUGUCUCAACUCCCUGCUGGCAAAAUCCAACAGCAGACCGCCCCCCGGAGCAAAGACGCUCCACAGCCCACACUCAGACCCCCAGGGAUGGAUGACAGGGACAGGGUACCUGUACAGCCCUGCAGGGAGGCUGGAGCUGCAGCACAGCGCCAGAGAUAUCAUCUUACAAGAUCCUCACAGCUACAUCGGGGACACAUGGCCGUCAACAGCCAGCGGGGCUGACCCGUAUCCUCUGCUCUCGCAUCCCGCUGACCCUCAGCUGGACCUCCGUGCUCUGGUUUCCUUAGAGACUGACAGCGGUGGUGAGGAGGGCUGUGAGGAAACCAUUGUGUACCUCUGAACGUUGAAACAUUUCAGACUCUCAAACAGCCAACACAGCACUUGGAAAAAAUAUAAAGACAUUUAUGAAGCAACAGGAUUGGAAUCGGGGUAGCUUCCGUGAGCAUUUCACUGAGAAACAGUCUUUUGUCAUGUUUUUCUUUUAUAUUUUAAAGAUGUUUUGUGGUCUUUUGUAAGUGUAAAGUUUCCAGGAACACAGAGCGAGAAACACGGGUGUUUCAUACUCAAUCUCACAUGCGUCAUGCACCUUAGCUCGAGGCACUACUGGGUGUUCAAUGUCUAUUUUCUGUGUGUGUGUGUAUAUGUGUGUGGUCUUUAUUGACUGGGUCCCUGCAGCCUCACUAUUUCCCCUCUCUGCUACUUUCCAUACCUACUUCUUUCCUUUUCUUUCUCAGGUCCCUUAAGCACUAUAUUUAUUAUGUUUACCACAGAAGAAGAGAAAAUGCGUAUACCCAUCACAAGCGAAGCAUCAGGCGGUAUCUCUCUAGUGUGAUUGUCUUACCAUCGAGUAAACUUCCCCUCAUCUAUCAGACGGCUUCUGUGUAUGUACAAGCCGAACAUUAGGAUUGAAAGAUGAGGUGCAACAGCGUCAGUCCCACGUUUUUCAAACCCCAAUAUUUAUUUAUUUUCAUCUGAAGGACGUUUUUCAUGUGAAGAGAAAUAAGCAACGUAGACAUUCAUCCGCAAAAGUCUGAGAAAGCAUUUUUAAGCACACUUAUCCUUGGGGAAAGACAUGUGGUGCAGGAAGAUUGAAAGAAAGAAAACAUGUUAAAUGUCCGCUACAUUUGUAUUUCUCUCAUUCAUUUUUCUUUCAUUUUAGCCACACUAGCAGCAUGGCUCUGGGGAUGGUAUUGCCAGUGAUUCAGUCCUCUCCUUUGGUCCAUCGCAGUGAAAUAUUGCGCAGACAUAAGUUUAAAUAUGAGGAUAAACCCUAAUACAUUUGGUCAUUACAUGACACAUUUUCUAGCCCUACCAAGUGUACAAUGUCUUUGGGUAUAAACUUUGGUUAUCCACAAACUUUUCAUAUAGUCCCAUAUUAAUAUUUGGUUUAUGACCAAAUAUCUAAAACAUUAAUAACAUUCCCAUCAGCCUCAGCUUCACUUUGCUUUGUGCUAAUUGGCAAAUGUUAGCAUGAUAACAUCUUAAAGUAAGAUGGCAAACAGUAGCUUGGUAGCAUUGUCAUUGUGAAAAUGUCAGCAUGCUGACAGCUCAAUGGCAUCUUAAAGAAAGAUGUAACAUGAAAAACAUGACCAUGUUAACACUGUCAUUGCAAGCAUGUUAGCAUGCUGAAAUAAGCAUUUAGCUCAAAGCACCACUUUGAGCUAUGGUUUUUGUCAUUACUUUAUAUAAAAAAUAUAUUUUAACUUUAUACAAGCUGUAAAGGGUUGAAUAUAUUGUCCUGAAAUUAUAUUUGUAAGUUCCCAGAACAGUAAAUUGCCGUAUUGAUGCUGUCAUGCUAAUGCUAUAAGCUAUUACAUUUGAAUAUUCAUGUUGUAUAUUUACAUAUAAUCUCUCAUAGGCAUUGUUAUGUGUAAAGAGGUCCCUCUGCCAAUGCUUUAGAUGUCCCUUCAAAGACAUUUCCCUGUAAGGGAUUAAUAAAGUGUUGUUUCUUCUUCUUCUUCUUACAGACACUAAAAGAUACAUGUUUUUACUGUUAUCAAUGGGUUACAAUGCAGUGGCAGUAUGUUGUUGUAAUUGUAGUACCUUAUAUGCCUGUGCUUUUAUUUAUUCAUUACAGUACAAAAGAGUUUAACAGUGCUUUGUGAAGGGUUGUGUUGUACAUAAAAGUGUAUCUGUGUGAAGACGUCUCUUUUUUUGUGGACAAAGACAUGUCCGCAUUGAUAAAAAUAACUUUUAUUGACUGA